AUGUCCGUGAAACAAUCAUUCUUGGAUUUCCGUGUCACACCAGAUGCCUCUGGAAAAUGGAUGAAACCAGCACGGGACAAAAUUAGUGAAAUUAUCAAAGCUACCUUCCAAGCCAAUAGUUGCUUUAGUACUUCUUCUGUUACACUGUUUGCUGGUGUAAAUGGCGUGUGAGUGAUUACUUCUACAUACUGUUACCCUACCAUUAAAACUGCAUAGAAAUUUCUUACUUUUAUCGUUUUCUUUAAUCACAGAGAGUGUACCCUUCGAUUAUUUCCAGAUGGUCUCAUAACAUUAGAUAUUGUUCAGUACAUCAAAGAUGUCAGUGAAGAAAAAUUACUCUGUCGACAGGUAAGUCUUUGGCACAUUUCUCAGCAAUUUAACUGUCAAACAGUCUACAACUGGAAUUCUUGCCUAUCAGUGUGUUCUUUUUCUUUUCUGUCCAUAGCCACGAUGGAAACUAACAGAUCACCAGUUAAAUAAUGAUACCCCUAUAAGGUCAACGUCUUUUCCUCCUCCAGCCUUCUCCCCCCCGCCUUACAAGCCUUAUUAAAAAUUCCAAUGUUGGAAGCACAAAAUAGCAGUGCAAUAAUUACACCCGGGCCCCCGAAGUCAACUUGAAUAUAGAUCAAAUGUCACAGGCUACUAGAAGUUAUAAAACACACAGUAUUCUCAUCAAUACCAUUAAGAAUACAAGUUACAUGAAUUUUUAUUUCAUUGUUUCAUUACUCACAGUUGAGUGAAUUUAUUUUCACAGGAUUACACUGACCUUAGAGACAAGGUUGAUGCAGCCUUGUCUUGUGUGAAAGCAGAUAUUAUUCCUACCAUUUGUAGAGGACGGGACAUUCUAUGCUAUCAUGACACAUCAGAUGGCCAAUUUAAGGAAUAUGAUUUUGACAAGUUAGUAUUGCUGGUUUUCACAGUCAUGCCAUCAAAAAUCAAAUAAAAACCAUUCAAUAGGAAAAGCCAAGAAUCUGGGAUUUUAAUAAAAGAAGAUUGUAAUAAUAAUAAUUAUGCAAACAACGUACAGUAAAGCCAAGAUUAGGGUCCCUGCAAAUUUUCAUCUGCAAGAUACUCAGAGAAAUCAGAUGUUCUGCCCAAAUAUUAAGACCUUUGUUUGGAGAUGCCAUUUUUGAAAUUCGUGUCUGUUUAAGGGCCAUCGAUUCAUCAUCUGUAAACCAACAGAAGUAUGUCAUUUAGUCUUGCUACAUGUGUGAAAGCAUGAGUUUAUCUCUUAAAGUGUAACUUUAAUUAAGCCCCAAACUAACCCCAAGAUCCAUAUACAAAUUCUCAAGACUGAUUGAUCUCCAUUCAUUUUCUUGAAAAAAUAUUUAAGUUAAGUGAAUACAGAUUUUAUGUCAAAGAUCAAAUUAUUUCCUCUUUGGUGGUCAUUUUAUUAAUUCUUGUAAUCUUUGUACACGAUUAUGUUACCUUAUAUUGAUACUCCAAAUGUACGUUAUGUCUAUAUUGGUCGCUUUUGGGACUUAAAGGUUAUGUACGUUAAAAAAUACUUUUUCUAACACAAGGACUGUUCACAUACUAAGCCGAAAAAUAUAUCAAAAGAUGUAUACAUGACAGCUUUCUCGGCCACCAUUUAAAUGCUGCAUCAUGCAGAAGCUUAGGAAUUUAAUGUACUCUCAGUUCACAAAAUGAAGAACCCAUUAUUUUGAAGUGAAAAUCUGUAAAGACCCCAUCAUGCAACAUAUUUGCUUCAUUUGCUGAGCAACGAAUGUUGCAUGCGGAUGCCGAGGGGAAGGGGGCUUAUGAUAACUUUCUUCCCCAGAAAAGGGGAGGGGUUAAAUUAGUGGGGGAAUUAAUUUACGUGCAAUAGUUAUAGAGGAUUUACGGUACAUGUAGGUGCUUAUAACCUUAUUUUUCCCUCCCUUGUCUUGUAAUUACAGGGAAGUGUUCAGACACAAAUCACAAUAUCAAGAUAUCUGGAUAGUGCAUUCUAAUCGUUUUGGAAACAUGCUAUUUCUGGAUCUUGUUGAGAGUAAGUGGAAUUGAGCUUUGCAGUAAGUAGACAUUCGUCUUUUUUUUUUUUCAAUUGACAAAAUCUUGGACCAUGAACAAAGUUUAAUUUUGUGCUCUGACUGAGCAGUUGCUUAAAGGAAGGAAGAAUACUAUUUAUACCUUACUGCAAUAUAUAUUGAGCAUAUGCAAUUGUCUGGAGUAUUAUUUUCCUUUCAAUGGUUGCGUUCCUUUAGGAUGAUCCGGAUUAGGAUCAAUGAUCCAAGAUCACUUAGAUCAUGGUACAUGUACGUGUACAUCAAAUAAACCAUUAAAUCCUUUCCCAGAUUGGAUUUAUCAGUUCCUUUGAUGCACUCUAACCCAUGAUCUCGGUGAAUGCACUUUACUUCUAAUCAGCAGUAUUAUAAGGUAUAUACCUACUGUUAAUUCAGAUCUUACCCUUUGGCUGUAAAUUGAUGAGAGAAACAAGGACAGUAUGAACCAAGAGAAUUGAUUGUAGGCUAUUAACAAGUCCUUUCUAAUUUUAUUCUGUAUGCUGUAUUAGAUGUUUUUGCAAGGUGCAGGGCAAGCUGCAGGAUAUUGUAAAUAGUCUAAUAAACGCUAGGGGCGUCUAUUUAAUUUUUUAAGCCCAAGCUGGGGCAUUCAAUAUUUCAGAUUUUAGAUUCUAUUGUUUUUGUACUAUUUACAUAUGGCUUACAUCAGAAUUUUAAUUUGUAUAAGUACCUUACGGAACAAUGUCAGAAAUAAAGAUAACAAGAUAUUAAGAAAUAGGCCAUUACCGAGUUCUCCCGGGCCUCUGUUUCAAAACGAGGGUAGGUGCUCUGCCUUUGAUAUGGAAAUCAUUUUUAAUUCUCAUGCAAAUAAAACUCAUUUCCAAAAGAAAGGUUGUGCACCUAGCCUCAUUUUGAAAGUGAGGGUUUUUACGACUCGGAAGUGGCCUAUUAAGAUGUGCGCAGUGACCAAAGUAGCUAAUGCUUUCGGGUUGGUCACUGCCACGUUAAGCUAGCUGGCAUAGACAAUAAGCGCAGUGAAAAAAAAUUAUACAAAGAGAAAAGGUGCUAAAGUAACAAUAUUGACGUGCAUUAAACAAAAAAGAAAAGAAAGAAAGAUAGACGCCUUUAUUUAAAAUCAAAAGGUAAUUUCCCAGGGUAGUCCCUUCAGGGGGCUUGAAAAGCAUACCUGCUAUCAAUAAGAGCCCAGAGUUCACUAACUAGACUAUAAAUAAUAAUAACAAUAAUACUUAUAAUUAUAAUAAUAAAAUAUAUACAAGGUAAUAUAACAAAUGAAAAUAACAACAAGAUCUUUCAAGAUUAAGGACAUUUACAAUAACUAUUAAAAACCAUACUUCCAUGGCCGAGUAAAAGAAUCUCUUAGCCACUUCUGUUCUUAUAGCAGGCAGAUGUAAGAGAUUGCUCUGGCGGGUUGAACGAGCACAAUGUCCUUGUUAAAAACAAAGGACAAAAAAAAUCUACAAGUUUUAGGAUGUGUUAAUCGCGCCUGAACCUAAGACUUGGCCAUUUCAAAGCUUUCAUCGCAGUGUCACUACUAGAUGUUUUAAUGACAAUUCUUCCAACGCGCUUCUGCAGAGUUUCUAAUUCCACUAUUUACUUGCCCACAACACCCCCAGACCCCAGAACAGAACUCUAAGGUCGGUCUAAUCAUAGCAAAAAAACAAAACAAAACAAAACAAAACAAAAACAAAUGGCAUUUGCACAAUGUGUGGUGAUAUAACGGCGAACAUGUCCUAACAGACCGACCCGCCUGCCAGCUUUAGACACCAUUGCUUGUCUUCACAGUGAUAGCAGAGGGAGAUAUCGUUUACACAAAAACACUGCUUGGGAAUGGCAGAGAAAACUACAAAGACAAAGAAAUACUCAUUUUAGGAGGAGGAGAUGGCGGGGUACUGCAUGAGCUACUAAAGGAAUCCCCAAAAUUUGUCACCAUGGUCGAGAUAUCCUUGAAAAGCUGUUGCAAGUCAGAAGUGCAUCCAAAAAGGUUAAGACAAUAUCUGAUACGUAAAUUAUCACUAAGUUCUGAUGCAAAAAUGUAUACACUCAAACAUCCCGAUAUCCCACCAUCUUUCGAUAUUAAUUAUUAGCCUUCUUUAUAUUUAGUCAAAAAGGACAUCCAAGCACUAACGAAGGGCCGGUUAUUUAAGCGGAAAGUGUUUAAUUCUUGCUGACAAUUUCUUUUUCUUUUGUCUCUUUCCUUUUUUCUUUUAUUUUCUUUAUUUCUAAAAAAUUAAUCCAAAUUUUCAUUCAGUACCCUUAACUUGUAUGGUUUACGCCCUAGUUCCAGGAAGCCUAUAGUUUAUGAGCCCCCGGCUUCUGUAUAGUCUUCCUUGCCAUUACCACUUUAAACAUUUGAUUCUGUAAAUAGUUUAGUUAGAAUAGUGAAUAUCAUCUUUAAUGUAUUAUAAAUUUCUGUAUACUGUUGGUGUAUUUAUGAAUGAAUGAAUGAAUGACAAUUACCGAAUAGCGUGUUCCUGAUUUUCCUUGACGUGCCAUUACAUAGAUAAAAUUGUUGUCGAAGCUGCAGCGAAGCAUUUGCGAGGGGUUUGCGGCGACACGUUAGAUUCGUAUACAGGACCUAACUAUGAAGUAAGUAUUAACUAAACUUACUGAAUUUACAGUGUCUCUGAUCGGAUGUUGUAAACCUGCAUUAAAAACCAACUGGCCAAUGAACAGAAAAAAACCAUUAAAAGAAAGUAUAAAUAACACAGCAAAAUAGAAAAGGAGGCGCGAAAAAAACAAACUUGAAGGAGAUUAAAACGGGUUGCAAUUGUGUUUUUUGAAAACUUGUUAGCCUAACAGUUUUUCAGAGUUCAUUUUUGUUGUUUGUAACGUUUGAUAUGAUGCUUGGGAGACAUAUUUGUUUGGCGCGAAGCUGUGAUUUUAAGCAAACAAGGAUGUGUAAUUGACGACACAGACCCUUUAAAGUGGCUGAACACAGUUUUGGCAGUUUGUGAGUAUAUGUCAUUUGCCAAAUCAUGGCAAGAGGAACGUUGCAGCUCACAAGCUGAAACUUGGCAAGUGAAAAUAUACUGAUGUAAUAUUUGGUGAACCGGUAAAAUUUGACGUUUUCAUAGUUUCCAUGGCAAAAUGAAGGAUUGAAUACAACCUUCAAAUUUCCCUGUUGCUCAACAAAAAAGUCGCUCAUUAGAUUUUCCUAUAAACUUGCAUACAGCUUACUAUAAUAAUCACCAUUUGAAACUUAUUUGAUCAAAUUUUAACAGACGGGUUUUUAGAUAAUUAACAAUUAUUCCUCGAGCCCGAAUGGGCUCUGAGUCAAUAGCCCAUGAGACCGAAAGGCCGAAUGGGCUAUUGAAUCAGAGGCCGUGAGAGCGAGAGGAAUAAUUGUUUUUAUAAAAUCCAACUAGUUGGUCAAAGAUAUCGAGACAAAACAACUUUAGCUAGCAAAACGCGAUUCUGCCGCCACUGUUUUGGUUUUCAAAGCCAGCGCUUUUUGCUACUAGUGGGCUAUAACAUAUAGCCUACUAGUAGCUCAACCAGUCAGAAUGCAGCAUUGAUAAUAGACCACUAGUUGGAUUUUACUAAUCAAUAAUAUAAUUGUUCUGUAAUUAUUAAUUGUGUCACAAAAUAAGUCUGUUUAACUGCCAUUUUAAAGUUGUCAUUAUCUAAAAUACCAUAAAAGUAAAAAUUCUGCCAAAUAUCACAAAAUUUAAUGAAUAGAUUUUGAGAAAUCGUCUUCUGCGUACCAUCGCUUUUUCGCCGCCAUGUUUGUUCGUCUAAUUUAAAACACGCGCAGUCACGCGAGUUACCGCUGACCGCCCGCAAAACUGUGUUCAGCCAUCGUAACUGGUAGUCAAAAGUACCAGUCAUGACUGCAUACCGUUACACGGGAUCAAAGAACGCCAAAAUAUGGGAAUAGAUGUAUCAACCGAAUUUUUUAAUGAACGUUAUCUCCAACCAGACCUCUUCCGUCAAGCAGUUUUUUGUUCAACGUUUUUUUUUCUCCAAAGAAGCCAAUAUGAAAAUUAAUAGUAUGACCAUUGCUUUUUUUUCAUCUUCUCUUCCUUUCUUCCUCCUCGCUCUCUUUUUUCCCUUUCCUUUUCCUUUGCUUGUAUGGUUUUCGAAAAUAUAAUGCCCAAAAAACCCUGCCUUUUGGCCCCUUUUCACUCAAAUAGCUGCAAAUUCCGCUGGGUUCGUUUUUUAAAAAUCGUCUUGUGAUACGUACAGAUUUUUGUACCUGUAAACUGUAAGUAUAAUCUUUCUCCUCACAGUCUUAGUCAUAUCUAGUGUGAGCAGUGUACAUUUACGUGAAUAUUCGUGGGAGCAUUGCAGUUUCGUAUAAAGGAUGUUAGAAUAUUAAACUAGUAAUAACCAAAGGUUAGGAAGUGCGGACGACAACGAUCGGAGGUCCAAACGCUUUUACUCCAACGCUGUGCUUUGCGUAAGUUUCACGUGACAGAUGGUCAAAACACUCGUGAUCUGAGUACGAGGGGUAGAAGGUCGAUCCUCACGUGAUCAAAAUGCGUUUUGUGCAUUCCAUUCAUUCUUAGUUGAAAUCCAAACGACUGCUGGCUACAUAGAUGCGACGCAUGCCUAAUAACAACCUGGAGAUUAGGAUUGCAGGCUCCUCUUGUCACCGGCAAUAACUAGUAGUAAUCAUAGAUCAAUGUAUGCGUUCGCGUUUUCUUCGAUUUACCAUGAAACAUUACUAUUGUGCUGAAAUGGUCACCUUACAGUGUAAUUACAGGAUUGCCAAGAAAAGGAAUUGCGCUCUCCUAACAUCGAACGCAACUAUAGGGGAGGUGCCUCGCGUUUGUGCAACGUAGAGCAUUCAAGAGCUCUCUCAAAAAACCUCGUUUGAUUUUGAACAUACAGCGCAAUCUUAUAUACUACUUAUGAUACAGGUCAGAAUUGAUGAUUGUAUAAAGGCACUUAAGGAGUACGUGGAACUGGGAAAGACAUUUGAUUAUGUGAUCAAUGAUCUUACAGACAUACCAAUAAAUGUCUCUUUACAAGGUGAGUGCAACAGUUAAGCUAGACAAGAACGAUGCUUGCAUUGAAACCAAACGAUUUCAAACAGACCACAGUUGGUUUUCGGCGAGGGGAGAAGCUAUAUGGGAGGGGGUAUUUUAGCCUGCGAGCAAGCUCUCCGGGGCGCUAUGGCGACGGGGCGGAAAAGGAAGGAGAGCUUGCAUUUGCGUCAUAGCUGCAUAGACGCGCGACUUUCAAAGCGAGAAGAACCGAAUAUGUUGUUUAUAGAAGGACUGCUGACGAAAAUACUUUGAUACGAAAAAAUAUUCAACAAAGUGAGCCUUUAAACGAUGGUUUCUGCGAAAGGAAUACCCGCCCUCCUGACAAAAGAAAGGGUAAGGGGUAAAGGGCUCCCAAGCCACGCCCCCGACCUGUCAAUUAUCAUUCGAUGAAAAUUUUUCCUCUUUUUUAUUGGCCGAGAGCCCACCACGUGACCUGCAAAUAACUGCCUACAAAUAAUGGUCUACUCAUGCGCAAUGUCGUCCAACUGCGUUUGGCUGCAAAUAAUAUACUCAUGCUUAAAUGAAAACACGCUUCUCUCUCUCUCUCUCUCUUGCGAUCGCUCUUGCGCGAAAAUGGCAGAUCGCUUCGUAAGUCAUUAAAAACAAACUUGGUGAUCAACUAUUUGCCUUAGCCUUCUGUUUAGGCGAAUAAUUGAUCUGCUCGCCAGGGGGAAAUCUGUAUUCCUCAUAAGCUCGGCUUCUCGGGGAUUUCCCCGCCACAGUCACCCCUUCCAAGUUGUAUGCUCAUUUUAAAUUUCAUAUUAAUUAACCUAUUUGUUAUCCUUUUUAUUCUACUUGUAAUUUAUUCUGUGUGGCAAAAUAAUAAAAUAAAGAAAAAUAAUUCACAAUAUUUUGCUCAACCUUGUCCAAUAAUUGUUAAUUAAUACUAUGUACUACCAGUAACUCUCUCUCUCUCUCACCUCCGCAGACGCUCCCGCUGGGUAUCCCAAUAAAAAUAGCAAAGAGAGGCCUCUGGGGAGGGGAGAGCAAGAAACUCAUAAGGGGUUGAACCCAGGGGGGAUAUCCGCCUUGGGUUCAACCCCUUAUGAGUUUCUGGUACACACUACAGAACAGUUACAGAGAAUAAUCUCUGUCCGAUGUUCUAUUAAUGGUUUUAAUAUUUAGAUUUGGGUUUAUUUUGGUCUUAAAAAUUGGACGUAAAUUUUAGCCUUGUCUAUAUCAGUAAAGACACUCAUUAGACAUUAUUUUUUUGUCUUUUUAUGAAUAUUAAUGAGUUUGUGAAGCUCUCGUAAGCGCCCACCCCUAUUGUUUUAUACUUUCCUUCGCUUGCGAGAGCUCAUUCUCGAAAGCGACUAGCUCUUAUUUCGAACACUUUUUAGAGUCCAUUUGUGAAACAAAUCUUACAUCGAGUUAAUAGCUCGAUCACAUUAAAGAGCCAUUGAUCACGGUCGAUUAGGCCUAGUGGGAAACAAAUACUUGGGAAAAAAAAUCAGGCCGAAGUUUUUGCGUUCGGUAAGUUUACAUUACAAAAUCUUGUCAAAAAAUCUGGUGGCAUGUAAGCCAGCCUUUUAUACUAUUUAUACAUCACAUUUGAGGCGAAACGGGGCUAUGAGGCGCUGUUUUUAUCAUACAGAUCUCGGACAGAAUGCAAUAUUUCUCAAUUUUGCAAUGCAAGACAAAUAUCGCACUCAUUCAAUCUAUACCUGAGCCCGCGAGACAAUCAGGUUAUACUUGUCAGCGGAUACUCUGUUUUGACAGAUGCCAACUGAUCACAACAUUGAUGGAACAUUGAUGCGCAAUAUGUGUGCAAUAUCAGUUUGCUCCUGGGCUCCCAAACUAGCUAGAAAGUGCGAGAUUAAACAUUGGUUUCCCUGUGGUGCGGACGGACAGGCGCUUGGUGUACGAUCACGUAGUUACGCAAUUUUCUGGGAUGGGUAGAUUUACUUACCCAUGGUGCUCAGCUAUUAUCAACGGACAUCGAAUAGAUAAGUAACACAACGAACGUAAAUAAAACAGAUAAAGAUAAAAGUUUAAAAGUGACACUGCAUUCUUGACUUUUUCUGGCGCUUUCUCUCCUCUUCUUUCUCUCGCUGGGCAUUUCGGCGUCUUAGUAGGCUUCAUUUUGGUGGGAAAAGUUUGGGAUUAGAUGAAAGGAAAUCUAGGUGAGUAGUGAAACAAUAUUUUCAUGAAAAAACGUACCUUACCAUUUCUUUUAGAUUCUAACUGGGAUUUUGUUCGGGAAGUAUCAAACCUCACACUUCAAGUCUUAAAACCGGGAGGAAAAUUUUUCGCCCAGGUAAGAUGGAAUACCAGAUAACGAUAGUUUGCUCAAUGUCGCUCACCCUGCUAAUAGAGCGUUUCUUUCACUUGUUUGAUUUUGCCGCACACGAGAAAGACUCUGUAUGAAUGGAGUAAGAUCUUUCUUGAGUAUGCGGGGAAUGUUGCUAGGAUACAGUUUUGAAUCUAGGCCUAAUAGCCUUUCGCUUGGUAUGACCAUCAAUAAACGGAUGCUCUCACUCGAAAAACUGCUUUCACGAGGGAAAACGAGACUGACCUAUUCCAGAAGUUCGGGCUGUAGCCUGUUAAAAACUUGACGGGAUGGAGGCAGAGCGUCCUUUUGGCUCUCAUCCUCGAUCAAGAAGACAAAAGGAGCCUCUACUCGCAGGGUGAAUGAUUUUCUGUUGAGGUAGAUCGUGCGCUGGACAGUUCGUUUACUCUUAAUAGUGGCCAGAGAAAAAAAUUCGCCAAAAAAAAAAAUUUUGUCGUAAACUACAGUAUCCACGGGAUAGUGAUUUAUGCUAUGCUAUCGACAGCGUUAUGUACUGUAUGUACUGUUCAAAAAAGGAGCAGGAGGGUAUUACAACUAGAGCAGGUUUACUAUAAUAAUUGUGGGGUUAACUUUGUAACUGACUGCAAUCCCAUUUUUAAAAGGUAUCAUCCAAUAAUUUUUUCCUCGAAACUUGCAAUUUUUAGACUACUAGAUAGAACCCAUUGAGAACUUGCUUUUUAAGAAAAAAUUCCAGCUAAAAAAUUAUUUCUGCAGAAUCUUAUGAAGCAAAAAAAUUUUGUAUGCUAAUAAGUUGUGUCAAGAAAAAUCUAUUCUCCCCUGUUUUCUUGAUCUCGCAAUGAAAAUUGGGUCAAAUUGAGCGAACACUUUAAGCUCCUGACUUGUUAUCCGAUCCCUAACUUCAUCUGCCUAUAACAAAAGCACAAACGCACUUGACAAAAAUCUGAGAUAUAAUUUUAUAGUCAAAAUUUCAAGAACUCAAUGCGAUCUCCAUCAGUUUCUUCCAUUUAUGAUGGCUUGCGUGGACUUAAAACUUACAGAUAAAUAUAUAUACUUUCGCAAAAAAACACCUUUCUGAAACGCAUUCACAUUUUGGAUUUUUUAAAGAAAUCAGCCGUAAUCUUAGCCUCCCACGAAGGCGUUUUUAGGGGAGCUCGUGGGAAGGGAUGAAAAACGAGCUCCCCUUAAAACGCCUGCGUGGGAGGCUACCAUAAUCUGGAACUAUUAAGCUUUCAGAAAUUAAGGGGUUUGUAGGAGUAUUUGUUUAGACUACAAUCCCGAGCGCGGUUCACACGAGGACAGGCCUACUGCAGGUGUUGCACUACUGAAAUCGGUGUAACUCCUGCCUCGUUGCUUCCCAUGGGCUCGUUUGCUCCUUUCGUAACUCUCGGGGAAAUCUGAGUUAACGGCAGUCUACAUUUAACCAUGGGUAACGUAGUGCUUUUUCUUCAGGGUACAAAUGGUUCUCUGUGCAAAAAGGAGAUAGAACAAUAUGAAGACAACCUCAGGAACCUUUGCUUCCCAGUUGAGUUUAAAAGAGAAUUUACUCAUGUUCCAUCGUUCGAGGAAAGGUAUCCUUUG